UUCAGAGGACUUAUCAGCGCCUGAACCCAGAGCUCUGCGAUCAGACUGAGCUAGAGAGGAGACAAGAACUUUAAAUGCCAACAAAGACCCGGCCCGGAACACCUUCUCUCGCCUGUGGACGCUACAGCAGCAGCAGCAUGGACUACCUGGACAUGCGCGCUCCUUAUGAUUACACCUUUAACUUUUGGAACGACUACCUAGGUUUAUCAACUCUUGUCGCCAAAAACAAGAUGAGCAGCCCGUACUGUAACCCCAACUCCAUCACGGAGUCUUUAAAAGCGACACUGGGUUUAGAGGACGAGUCCUCCGUCUGCUCCUGCGUUAUUGCGCACGGCAGAGACACUGAAGGACACCUGGACUGCUGCUGCGCAGCCCCGGGCUCGCCGCCGCUCUCCGUCUACGAACUGAAGGAGAGCAUCUCUCUGCUCCGGCCGUACGAGCACGUCGCAGCCGAGGCUCAGCUGGGAGGGAGAGACUCUCCUCCAUACGGGGGCAGCUUCGCCGGCUUCGACGUGUUCUCAAUAGACCGACGACGCAAACAGAGCCAGAGGAGCAAGCCGGAGCCGAAGGUAUGCGUGUUCUGUCGGAAUAACGGUGCGCCGGAGGAAGUUUACGGUACCCACAUCCUAAAGGCGGUGGACGGGAGAGUCCUGUGCCCCAUCCUCCGGGCCUACACCUGCCCCCUGUGCACCGCCAACGGAGACAACGCGCACACCAUCAAGUACUGCCCGUUGUCCAAAGAGCAGCCAAACCAGAGAGUAGCCAGGGGGGGCCGGGCCUUCGGCAAGAGGCUGAAACUCUUCUGAGCUCUUCUGAGCCCCAACAACAAUGAAAAAACAAAAAGAAGUUGCACUGAAGCGACCGGGUCUGGGGUCGGACAUGAUGUCAGAUGCAUCCGCAACGCUUCCGUCCUGAGCGCAGUUUACACAGACGCAGCACUCGAGCCAAAGUUUUGUCCAGAUGACCCGCGAAUGCCACCUUCAUGCUGUUUGUGCCAGAGCAUGUCAGCUCAUCAUGCAGCACUGGGGCGAAUGUUUAUUCCCCAUGUGUCCCCUGAUGGGUGUCCCCUCUGAUGGAUGUGCCCUGAUGGGGAGGCUGACUGACGCAAACCUCCCUUCACGCGCAGCACUGCUGAGAUGUUUUGUACCAAAGGAGAACUCUUUUAUAUAGAAUCUUAACCUGGAGGUAUUUCUGGUUUUAUGUUGGAUGUCCUGGUUUUGUGUGAUCUGCCUAAAGCGGAUCUGACUUGCUGCUCGUUUCAGUUCAAAACUGACUUACCCUUGUGCACCUGCUGUUCUUGUAACACCUAUAGAGAUGAAACCUGACAUUCCAAACAAACCGUUGUUUAUGUACUUGUUUUGACUGUAUGUACCACUGGAGAAUAAAUCCACUGUAAAUGGCUUAUGAAUAAACACAUCAUUUACAUUUUA